CUCAGUUCAUGCUGAGCGUCAUGGCUGCAUGCGUCACCCUCUUCCUGGAAUCAUACAGCCCCGACAGCAGCUCCGUCCUGAACAGCGUGUCCUAUCUGCCUACACCCGGCAUCCAGGUGUAUUUGUACUGCUGGAGUGCACACAACGUUCUCGAAGAGGGGGCUGCGGUGUCGGAGGCGGCGUACGACUGCUCGUGGUACGAGGGCAGCCCGCGUUUCAAGCGAGCUCUCCGCAUCGUCAUGUGUCGCGCGCAGAAGCCGCUGGUGGUCACCGCGGGCAAGCUAUACCCCAUCAGCAGGGCCACCUUCGUCUCGCUGGUGAAUGCCUCGUAUACAUAUUACGCUUUGCUGAGCCGGGUGCACAACCGAGGCUGAGUGUGACAG